UUGCUGCCCCAAAAAAAAAUUCCACGAGCAACUGUGGUUCACUCUCUCCAUGGCAAAUUUUCGAUCCCAGAAUACAUUUACAUGUUUAAUUUGCAUUUCGUGUCUCUUCACUCUCUCUACUCUUGACAUUACUUCAGCCUCGUAUGUUCUCCCUAAUCACAACUUCAUCAACUGUGGUUCAGACGCAGCUCUCACCCUCUACGGCCGGCAGCGUUUCACCGGCGACGACCAUCCCGACAACUACGUACUCCACUCCGCCGGCGGUAAUAAAGUCGAAGAUACCCUCAAUUCAUCAGCACCUCAACUCUAUCGAACCGCAAGAGUUUUCCGAAAGCCGUCUUGAGUUCUUGAUCAAUGUUGCUGCUGCGAGCAAGUUGAGGAUUGUUUUUGCGCCGGAUGAGAGAGAGAGAUCCUUCGCCUUCGUCAAUGCAAUUGAAGCCUUCCUUGCGCCGCCCGAUUUCGUUCGAGACUCUCCCCCACAUGUAACUCGACGAGGAAGUGACGGAACCUAUAACGGCGUCUUAUAUUUUCCGUUGCGCGUUGUUCAUCGGAUCAACGUCGGAGGGGAAAAUGUUACGCCGGAGAACGACACGAUGAUGAGGUAUUGGAUUCCUGAUGAUGCUUACCUGCUCCUUAACAGUACUGCCAUUGAUAAAGCUUAUGAUUCUGAGAUCAAGUAUGGUGAAAGAGCUACAAAAUUUGAUGCUCCUGAUUCUGUUUACAAUACUGCCAAAGUUUAUGGUGGAAGGCCUUCAAACAAUUUCAGCAUUUCGUGGCGGUUUGGAGUUGGAAAGGGUGCUCAGCAUCUCGUUCGGUUGCAUUUCUGUGACAUUGUUAGUAAAACGACGAAUGAGAACUUUAGUUUCUAUCUAUAUAUCUAUGGUGGUUUCGGAACAAAGGUGUAUCCUUGGAGUUUUAUUUCUGAGCCGGCAGCUCCUUUUUACAUGGAUAUCGUGGUUGAUUCGGAUGAUUCUGGUUUCAUGAAUAUAAGCGUCGGUCCACACCCACAAUCAAUGGUUAAGUCAGCAUUCUUGAAUGGUGUUGAGAUCAUGGAGAUGAUUAGAGUUUUAGUAGAUAGCAAUUCAAUAGAAAAAAAAUUGCAUUUGCAUUCGCAUAUGAUUAUUGGUUGGAGCGUUGGAGUUGUGGUUUUGGUAACAUUAGUGUUGAUUGUGCUCAUCUUUUGCUUGAGAAGAAACAAGUGGGAGGCCAGUGAGGCUUCCAAGUGGAGAUUAGUACCCAUUCGCGGAGGAAGUUCGCACAGCAGCAAAACUAGUGUCACUGGCUCCAUCCACGCUGAUCUGAACCUCGGACUCAAGGUACCACUGUCGUUAAUCCACUUUGCGACAAGGAAGUUCAGCCAGAAGCUGAUGAUCGGAGAGGGUGGAUUUGGCAAAGUCUACGAGGGAAAGCUGAGGAACGGCGCCAAAGUUGCUGUAAAGAGAAGUGAGGCAGGGCAUGGGCAGGGCCUUGAAGAAUUCCACACAGAGAUAAGAGUGUUAUCCAAGAUUCGGCACCAACAUCUGGUUUCUCUGAUGGGAUACUGUGAUGAAAGAGACGAGAUGAUACUGGUCUACGAGUUCAUGGAGAAGGGAACUCUAAGAGACCAUCUCUACACCUUGGAAGGAGAGUCGAAGACACCAGUGGCUUCACCCUCUCCGUUUUCAUGGGAUCAGAGGCUUAGGAUCUGCAUUGGUGCGGCGAGGGGUCUGGACUAUCUUCACACUGGCUGCACCGAGACAAUCGUUCAUAGAGACAUCAAGUCCACAAACAUCUUGUUGGACGAGAACAACGUGGCGAAAGUUGCUGAUUUCGGGCUCUCUGUUACGGGCUCUGUUGAUGAGACUCAUUUCACCACUCAAGUGAAAGGAAGCUUUGGGUAUUUGGACCCUGAGUAUUACACAUGUUUGCAGCUAACUCCGAAAUCCGACGUCUACUCGUUUGGAGUGGUGCUUCUUGAAGUGCUGUGUGCAAGGCCCGUAGUGGACCGUUGCCUUCCUAAAGAGCAAGUGAACUUGGCUGAUUGGGGAAUGUCAUUGCAGAAAAAGGGGCAGCUAGAGAGCAUUGUUGAUCCUUUUCUUGUGGGCAAGAUCAAUCCCGACUCUUUGAGGAUAUUUGGUGAGACAGUGGAGAAAUGCUUGCAGGACUCGGGUGAUGAUCGCCCCUUCAUGUCCGAGGUCUUGUGGCGUUUGGAGCAUUGCUUGCAGUUUCAAGUAUCGGGGGGUGGUGGUCGCCUCGGGCAGCCACACCAGGACAGCACAACGGGCUUCUCGUUGGGCUUGCCCGCGCAUGUUGUCCGAAGGUUACCUUCUAAUAGCAUGUCAGUUUCUGAAGAUGAAGUGGCCUUGAGAUACUACAAUUUCUCAGAUGAAAGUGAGGUUGAUGUUAGUAGUCAUGUGGUGUUUUCCCAGUUGGGAUUUGGUGGUGCCAGAUGAUUUUGAUCUCAUCUUCAUUUUAUGCAGCUUAAGUUGUUUGUUUUUUUUGUUUUGUUUCCUCUUGAUUCUAUGUAUUGCUGUAGGAGUAAUUGAUUUCAGUUUUGUUGUUAAAUAAACAUGGUAUUAUUCAA